AUGUUAUUCUGGAUUCAGCAUAAGUGGUCUGGCCUUUGGCUUCUAAUAUUGGCUUUAGGUGGGAUCAGCCUGUUCUUGUAUGGAUUUUUCCCAUUAAAAUACCAUUCAGGAAAACUGGCCCAUAUGGAUGAUCUGCCAAAUUUUAUUGACGGUGUCAGCAUUGAUGGCCAUGAAGUUUAUAACUCUGGAGAGAACAGUGUGAUUCUUAUGGUCAUAGAUGGCUUACGCUAUGACUUUGUAACCGAAGAGUAUAUGCCUUUUACUGGCCAAUUAUUAAAGAAUAAAUCAGCGUGUAUUUAUGUAUCUGUGGCAGAACCACCAACGGUCACUAUGCCAAGGAUUAAGUCCCCCGAGCGUAAGAAGGAAAAGGCACAAUGGAGGCGCACGAUAAACUUCUGGCGGGACAUAUUUGCAAUGAUGACCGGAAGUGUAUCAACAUUUGCGGAUGUAGCUUUAAAUUUCGGGGCGCCAGCUGUAAAAGGUGACAGCGUGUUGCGCGUGGCGACCUCUAGAGGGCGCCACACUAUCUUAUAUGGAGAUGACACGUGGUUGAGGCUAUUCCCUGGUUUAUGGACAGAUUAUGAUGGAACUACCUCAUUCUUUGUUACAGAUUAUACCGAGGUAGACAACAAUGUCACAAGACACUUAGAUACAGUCCUCGCUCCGCUAGAAGACAAAAAACCAAAAUUUGACUUUUUAGUACUCCACUAUUUAGGCUUGGACCAUAUUGGCCACCUAGAAGGCGCUAAGAGUCCAAAAAUAAAACCCAAACUUAUAGAAAUGGAUGAAAUUGUAAAGAAAAUAUAUGCAGCCAUGCAAACAUGGGACAGAACGGGUGUGCUCAUAAUUUGUGGAGACCAUGGAAUGCGUGACGCCGGGGGCCAUGGUGGGGCAUCGCCCGCAGAAGUCCUCGUUCCACUCGUCGUCAUAAAAAGCGCAGACUUCCAGUGUCCGCAUGAACAGGGUCCAGGUCCUGUAGUAGCACAAGUUGACAUAGCACCAACUAUAGCCUGGCUCCUAAACACCCCGAUACCUGGUGACAGCACUGGCAAGUUUCUCCCAUCGCUGCUACCCUCGGAUAUCAGGCAGCACUUGUAUUUACUCCACGUUAACGCACAACACAAUGUCAAACAGGGUGUGCCGACGGAUACUGAAUAUUACAGGCAAUUCAAACGAGCUGAGACUCAAUUCGCUCGCUAUCUCACCUCCGGGCAGCAAAGUGCCGCGCGGAUAGCGAAAGAGUUCUACGACGAAUCUCUAAUUGCUAUGUCCAAACAACUUACGGAGUCUACCACGGAUUUCGAUAUGUUUUCUCUUGGUCUGGCUACUGUAUUCUUGUAUUUUGUAGUAACGGCGCUCGCCUGCGUCACGCUGUACUCGUUACAACCAGACAAUCAAAGGAAAAUCAGUAUCACAGACAAACAUAGGACCAACAUCGGUUCAAUAGUCGCGUUCGCUAUAAUUUUCGCCGUUUUCGGCACAAUCCUUACAGUCGCUUGCUUCAUAACGGAGACGAAGAGCCAGUUCUGCUCGUUCAAUCCGCUCUGGUCUAUCGCAUUCUUGUCUAUGGUCUUCGCGUUAACGGUCACUUAUUUCCUGAUUAAAACCGGUGUCGAAAAGAUCCGCGAUCUGUCAAUGUUACGGGAGUUGAACGCGAUAGACUAUCUACUUAUAAUCGGGACUUUGUUCCAUGCUUGGUCCUUCUUCGGGACGAGCUUUAUCGAGGAGGAGCAUAUGACGUGGUACUUCUUCUGGAACACGUUGAUGUUCUUCGUCCUGGUGCGGACGAUCGUGGUCUUGGUGAUGUAUUUUAGUAAGCGGUGGUCGGGGGCUACGGAGGUGCAAGAGAAACCGGAUUUGGACCAUCGGAUGAGCGCUGUGGGUGUCGGUAUUGUGCCGAAGUGGGUUCUCCUCAUUGCUUUGCAUAGAUAUCUUCGAACAAUGAAUCAAACAGGAGACCGAUGGCUAUUCUUACCUGAUACAGCCGAUUGGUUGAAUGCCCCAGAAAACUCUAUAUAUCUUCAAGGGCAUCUCGUCUUUGGUACUCUGCUCACCCUAGCUAUUUGUCUAUGGAAUAUCCGGCACAUGAACAAUUACAUGAAAUUUCAUUCCAUAAUAACAAUACUGGCAACACUCUGCAUCCUCUGCUACAGGAUAACAACUAACGCCUUACACUCUCCAUUCGAAGAAAUAAAAUCCUGGGACAAUGUUUUGAUAGUGGAAAUUUUCUGGUGGCUACUAGCAGGACAGACCAUAUUUGAAGCAAUUACCUAUUUGGGUGUAUUCAAAGCUUGCGGUUACAAUCCAAACUCGAAAUUCGCGUAUAGCAAGCCUAAAGAGAAGAGCGAAGAUUAUUUCUAUGAUAUAAUGGAAGAACCCUGGAAUAUCAACGAUGUCAAACUAAACUUGGCAAGAUCACUAACGCACAUAAUGUAUAACCAAAUGAUGUUGAUUAUUGUACUAUUGAUGCGACCACACAAUGUUAUAAUGGUGCCAAGUAUUUAUAUUACUUGCCUGAUAACAGCCAAGUGUCUGGACCACAAGUUAUUAGAUGCAAGGCCAGGAAGGAAUACGGAGGCAGCUGAUAUACUUGGCUUGACCUUGGCUCAUAUAUGGAUUGGGGCUGUGUUUUAUUUUUAUCAGGGUAACUCGAACAGUCUAGCAUCCGUAGACCUGGGAUCAGGUUAUGUGGGGCUGAGUGAGUACAGCCCCGUGAAGGUCGCGGCCCGAAUGGGACUACACGCGUACGCUGGACCCGCGUUGGCUGGGGCACAUCUGUUUUGUUCGUUACCUACUAGCGAUAUGAACAAAUAUCUACAAGCUGUAUGGCGAGUGUCAAACAUAAUGGCUUUACAGCGAGUGUACCAAUUAGUUAUAUACUGUGUAAUCGCAAUAGUUUUUAGACACCACCUGUUUGUAUGGUCAGUUUUCUCGCCUAAACUGCUUUACGACUUCGUAGCGACUGUAUUCUCUGUACAGGCGUUACUUACGAUUGCCGAAAUAGUUCUUAUAACACAUAUAGUCAGUUGGAUUGCUCGAGCGAUUAUCUACAGAAGGUUGUCAUAG